GGGGUGGCCUUUCCUGGGCAAGUUAUCCUGAGCGAGAGCAUAUUGAAAGGCACGAGAGAGGACUUCGAGGGCAGCUACGACACGAGACGAGGAAUCUCGGUGUGGAUAAUGUUCGAAUGCACGGAGGACGAGCGCGUGAGUGCCAAGUAGUCAAGAUUCAGCACAGCGCAAAUCCCACCGUCCACAGCCUCAGCUUCAGCUUCAGCAGUCGCUCAGCUGCGAUGGGCACUGCUUGAGAGCUCGGAUUUUCCCUCGCUCGCUGCGCUCCCCCCUCCCCGAAUGAAUCGAGCCCCUCGAAAGUCGAAGCAGUAGCGGAAUUGAAAAGCCCAGCGAACUGUCGAAGACGAGGAGGAGGAGGAGGAGGAGGAGGAAGAAGAAGAAGAGCGUGGCGGGGUUUUGGGGUUUUGGGCUUUUCAGAAGUUUUGUCGCGGCAGAGUCAUGGGCGCUCCUCUGAGGAGUGCGUUCCUCGGAUGCAGUUGCGGCUCGCCGGUCAUGGCGCACGCCUUGCCUGCGUCGAAUCUCGCGUUUCUGGGGAAAUUCGGAGGAGGUAGUUUCCAUGAAAUAAUUCUAGAAUCGAGGCGGGAAAGAAAUGGGUUUAAUAAAAUUCGAGCUUCAGCAACCAGGCAAGCUCCUAGAGAAAGUAGGCGGUACAGGGGUAAUGCAGAAGGAGCGAAUCGUAGCAGAGAUGAUGCCGUGCAGAGGAAAAUGAAAGCAUUUCAUGAAGGCGCUGAAGGGCCACCCUUGCGCGUUCUCCCCAUUGGAGGACUCGGAGAAAUAGGCAUGAACUGCAUGCUCGUAGGCAACUAUGACCGCUACAUCAUGAUUGAUGCUGGACUCAUGUUCCCAGAUUUCGAUGAGCUCGGAGUUCAGAAAGUGUUGCCGGACACGGCUUUCAUUCGGCGGUGGGCACACAAAAUUGAGGCUCUCGUCAUCACUCACGGUCAUGAAGAUCAUAUUGGUGCUUUGCCUUGGGUCGUUCCUGCGCUGGAUCCCAAAACCCCUAUAUAUUCAACAGGGUUCACCAUGCAGCUGAUCAAAGCAAGAUUGAAGGAGCACAAUAUACCAUUUGAAGGGCGAUGUAAAACAGUUAGUAUGCGAGGACGGUUUCAAGCUGGGCCCUUUGAAGUUGAACCCAUUCGUGUUACCCACUCCAUUCCGGACUGCUGUGGCUUGGUAUUGCGCUGCCAAGAUGGUACCAUUUUUCAUACAGGUGACUGGAAGAUCGAUGAAUCCCCUGUUGAUGGCAACAUCUUUGAUCGGGUUGCUCUGGAGCAAUUGGCAAAGGAGGGUGUUACUCUGAUGAUGAGCGACUCGACAAAUGUCUUGUCACCCGGAAGGACUACGAGCGAGGCAGAUGUAGCUAAGGCGUUAAUGCAGCGAAUUUAUUCUGCCAAAGGACGUGUUAUCACCACUCAGUUCGCCUCCAAUGUUCACCGACUAGGUAGUGUCAAGGAAGCUGCAGAAGCCUCAGGACGAAAGCUGGUUUUCAUUGGUGUUUCAUUGAAGACCUACCUGGAUGCAGCCUGGAAAGAUGGACAAGCUCCAUUUGACCCUUCGCUUUUGGUGAAAGCUGAAGACAUGGGAGCGUACUCACCAAGAGAUCUGUUGAUCGUCACUACUGGGUCACAGGCAGAGCCGCGCGCAGCGUUGAACUUGGCAUCUUUUGGAACAAGUCGGUCGUUGAAACUCAACAAAGACGACUUGGUUCUGUACUCCGCAAAGAUGAUCCCGGGAAAUGAAACCAGAGUUGUCCGGAUGAUGAAUCGAAUAGCAGAACUUGGGCCUACUAUCAUCCAGGGAAGAGGAGAAAAUCUCCAUACUUCCGGUCACGCAUAUCGGGGGGAGCUGGAGGAGGUUUUAAGACUGGUGAAACCACAACACUUUCUACCCGUCCAUGGUGAAUUUGCGUUUCUCAAAGAACACGAGCUUCUUGGCAAAGCCAAUGGGAUUAGACACACAACUGUCAUUAAAAAUGGAGAAAUGCUCGGGGUUUCUCCUCUUCGAAAUGGGCGGGUUCUUUCAAGUGGCUUUUCUGCAUUAGGAAGAGAGAAUUUGAAGUUGAUGUAUAAUGACGGGGAUAGAGCAUUUGGAACAGCAGCCGAUUUGUGUGUCCAGGAGCGUAUGCAAGUAGCUUUGGAAGGCCUUGUUGUUGCCAGUGUCGAGAUCUUUAGAGAUCCGACAGUAGCUCCAGCCGACGCAGAGAACGACCAAGACUCCUAUGACCAGGAAGGAAUGGGACUGAGGGGUCGGGUUCGUAUCACAACGCGCUGCAUGUGGAUUGAUGGAGGAAGGCUUCUUGACUAUCUUCGUCAGGCUGUGGAUGGCGCGCUCGCGAGCUGCUAUUUGGAUUCAACGCUUCCCCAGAUUGAGCGUAAGAUAGGCACCGCAAUAAAAAAGGCCGCUCAAAAGUACAUAAACAGGAGACCGGAGGUAAUUGUGAUUGCCAGUGAGGCCUCCCCGAAUUCGGCUCCACCGAGUAAAGUUACUACAAAAGUCGUAGCACCACCUCCUGCACCUCAUAGGUUUGGAAAGUUUGUCCCUCAAAACAACGGCACUGUAAAGUCACCAACAAAACGCAAGGACUCAGAGGAAGUAGAAGCCAGAAGCACAGCAGUUACAGUAUCUUCUCCAGUUGACGACCAAACUGAAGAAGAAGUCCAAACAACAGUGGUUUCUGAGGUGACUCCUCUCGAGGUUCCAUCUGUAUCUGAGACAACCGAAUCUAAAUCAAGUACUACCGAGACAACAGCAGCGACAGAUGCCGCCACAUCGGCUAGUGAGGCUCCAAGCAGGAGAAUUCGAAAGUGGAGAAUUGUUGAAACUCUAGAGUUGAUAAAAGUGCGUAGUGGCAUGGAGGCUGAAGUGCAAAGUGGUCAAAGUAAGAAAGCUCUGUGGAAGAACGUUUCUCUCGCUCUCACCGAUGCUGGAUUCGAUAGGACUCCAGAGCAGUGUUGCUCAAUGUGGAGUUCUUUAGUCAAGAAAUACGAAAUCGUUUCAGAGGACACAAAGUCAGGUGUUGUUUCCGAGAAACCAUGGACAUAUUUGGAUGCUAUGGAGAAGGCUAUGGCAAUUAGAAGGGAACUCAUUAGAACUAAUCCAGAUACUCCUCAAGUAGCUGCCAACUGAAGUCGACUGCUGUUUCAAAUGAUUUCACCCACAGCACACGAUGCCUCUCGAAACUGCGCGUCUCCAUCAUCUUGACUGCCUCUGAAUCAAAGUCCACAGUUCCCACAUAGCUGGGAAGCCUCGUUGGUAAAGCUUCGUGUUAUGAAGCCUUACGCACGAGGGGGUUGAAGAUUCGGCCAGGCUGAGGAUUCUCAAUGCCACAGCAGCACGAAUUCGAAGAGUUCAUUGAUUUGUGGUGGUGUCAGUUUACCUCCUCGUACCCUGCGUCCAAGAAUCUGCUAGCUUGCUCGUUUCCUUGGAGUUGGCAAAUAAAGAACCUCUACAUUAGCUGAGGGAUGAACUGACCCCUCGAAUCCUCUACCUCGAAACAACAGUAGAAUCAGAGAUUAUCUCCCAGUGUCAUUCUGAUACGCUAUUCUUUCUAUGUACAAAAGUAUAUCAUUUACAAUGUACAUGCGAGGUGUCCUUUUGGGGACAGCCUGCACAUUGAUUCAGGAAAAUAUGGCCGUUUCCGGCGCAAGACAUGG